AUGUCGCCUGAAUCAGAAUCAGACCUCAUGGAGAAGAAAACCACACCAACUGGGAGUUUUGUGAAUACUCCCCCUACACCCCCGCCCUCAGAAGAGAAGAAGUUGUCGACUAGUGCACAAAGCGUGCUGAACUAUUUCAAACUCCACCGUAAAGGUCGACGGCCACAAUCUUGGUGGCAACACCGGCUCACUCCGGACCAAUAUACGGAGGUUUUACGUGUACUGGAUGGUGACGAAUCUCUUCGAGGUUACGUAGAAGACAAAAUACGGCUCGAUUACGACCCCAGACGGUCCCGUCUUACUAUCCGAAUGCCGAGUCCUCUACAUGAUUUGUUUUGUGCCGAGGUAGUCUCUAAAAUUUUGAAUCGAUUGACAGAGUUGCAAAAGAGUGAUGAAGCCUUCGGUGAUUUUGCGAGAAAGACCAAACAUUUAUCGACAUCCAGAAUCCGGCUGCCGAAUGAUAUAAAUGAUACAGAGCAGACUUAUUCCGAACGAUGCCCAGAUGCAUCAUUUAUACACGAAUAUGCCAAAUAUCCCGGUGUUAUCAUAGAAGUGUGCUAUUCACAAAAAGUUCGAGCUGCUGCGGACUUAGCAGAUGAUUACAUCCUCGACACUAAUACGAGCGUGAACGCUGUGAUUGCCCUCAAUAUUGAAUAUAGAGGGUCUAAAAAGGCGACUAUAUCCAUUUGGCGACCGCACAAAAUAACCGUGGAUGGGGUGAAGGAACUCGAAGCAAAGGCUGUGAUCGAUAUGAUGCCUUUUCGAACGGAGUCUGGACUUCCAGUCGAUGAUUCUAAACAACCAGCGCUCCAGCUUUCACUCAGGGACUUUGCCCCUAAGAGCAUCUCACAGAAAUACCCCAAUCUCGAUCAAGAUAUCCAUAUCUCAUCGAGGGAGCUCUGUGACUUUCUUUCGUCUGCCGAAGCAGAACAUGAGAAACAGCUACUAGACCAAGGCGUCGAUGAGCCAUUGUCACCAGGUACGCGAAAGCGUCGUCGAGCUCAGACCCCCCCUGAACAGCUUAGUUCAGAAGAAGAAUCCCCGAAAAACGCAAUGAAACGCGGGCGCCUUACGCGAGAUUCUUCUGGACUCUUCGCCCGCGGAUCUGAAAGCUAA